GAAAGAUGCUAUGGGGAACCGUGUAGCUGAAAUGUUUAAAAAAAUUACGAAAAUCGGUAAGGUUUCGAAAUGUGCUAAAAUUAAAAUGUAAAAGUAAAAUUACAUUUAAAUUUUGAAAAACAAUUUUAUUUGAUGAUGGCAAUGAAAUUCUUAUUUCAAUUUUUAAACAUUAAUUUGUAAAUAUCGACAUUUUGACAUGCACAUAUAGCUGACAUUAUUGUUUGCAGUUGAGUGAGUGGGUCUGUGUGUGGCGGUGUGACUGAGUGUGUGUUUGUGUAAGCGUUCGUGUGUAUUUAAGGUGAAUGUAUAAAAUCAUUAUUUUAUUUAAUUCAAAGUCUCAUUGUAUACAUAAUAUGUGCAUAUAACAAGGAAGUAAUGGUUGUGUUACAUGUAAAUAUAUUAUGGGAAAACUUUUUUAAAACAUUAAUAAAUAUUUUUAUAUUUUUUCAAGCCCAAUAGCGUUAUGCAACUGUAUUUUGAUCGGAAUUCAUAUCACUUUAAAAACACCGUUUACAUUGGUUAUAAUUUAGCCAGUGCACGGGGGAGGUUUCAGAAUUGUCUGAGAUAAAUGUUGAAAAGUGUGUGGUAAGAAGGGGAUCCGCUAUAGCAAUGUUUUAAUUGAGAUAUAAAGGCAACGGAAUAGCGUAAUGCUUGCUAGUGUAAACAAAAAAAAUUAAACAAUUGGAAGAUAUUUUUAAAAAUACGAUUGUUGAAUUUAAAACAUUGAUUACUCGGUAUUUCAUGACCUUAAUCAAAUUUACAACUCUCAGCAAUACAACAAUUUAAAAAAAUAAAGUGAAUUCACUAGAUGACAAUUAAGCAACAAAAAAGAUAAAAUUAAAUACAUUUCUUUCUUUCUUCUUAUGAAAUCUUGUUUUUAAUUUAGUAUUUUAUUGGCUUUCAAUGAGUCGCUUGGCCUAUUCUGAAGGUAACCAUCUUAUAAAAUCGGAAAAAGUUUUAGAUUAUUACUUCCUUCAUUGCUGUAAAACAAAGUCAAUAAAACAAAAUUUCUUUAAUCUAAUCUUUUUUUUUUUUAAAGUUAAAACAAUUAAUAACUAAUCAUUAUUUUAUUUAAAAAUGGAGAUCUACUUAAUUUGAAUUAUGAGCUUAAUUUGAUUCUCACAUCCUAUUGAUACAACUGCAUUAAUUUAUAUAAUUUUUGUUUUUUAAUAGUAUCUUUUUCUUUUUUUUUUUCACAGAACUUAAGUGCAAUUUACCAACGAUUGGGUUCUUUGCCUUGAAAUUAAGUCAAGACGAAGGACUAGGUACUAUAACACCGUACGAUCUAGUCUAUACCAACCACGGAGAUCACUUCGACCCAUCCACUGGCAUAUUUACAACUCCUGUUAAUGGCUUGUACUCAAUAACUAUCAUGACAGGCAGUUCGUCUAACACGAAAACAAAUGCCAUUAACUGUCGUCGCAUUCGUAAAGAGACAUACGAUGAACGUAUCUUCUUUCAUGAUUUUUCAAUCAACCAAACGGUAACACGGUUUGCUGAAAUUUCUGCUGGUGACGAAUUAUAUUUGAAUUGGGAGAGAAUUGAUGAACACGAUCAGACUAUGAUCAGUGUCACCUUUUCAUGUUACUUGAUACAAAAGUUAUAGUCUUCUGCGAUAUAAUAAGAAUGUUAAAACAACAUCGGCUACACUUUGCACAAUAUUUAUUAGCGUUUUAAAUGAAAUUACGUCAAACGUUCAACGCAUUCUUUAGCAUGCUGUUUACAUUAAUCAUUUUCUUUAAUAAGUGGGCCUCUAAUCCCCAGCUUGUAUAACAUCCAGGAUUUCAAUAACAAAGUUAUGUGAUAGCCCACGUCCCGGCAACUCAUUUAACACUCAAAGAACAUCUAGACAAUCAUUAAAUUUGUAGUGAGGAGCAACCGAAGUCUUUAAAUAUAAGGUGUAUUACUGAAACAAAUGACCUCAUGUUGAGAGACAAACAGUUAAACUUGUCCAACAUUUAAAAGGAUGUCAAAGCUCUGCUGCUUUGGAAACAUUUGAUUCUUCAUAUGUUGUAAAUUGCCUAAACAUUUCCCCGGCUUCAAUUCGAGUAUUAAAAACACAUAUUUUAAAGGAGACUGAUAUUUUUCGUAGGAAAUAUUAAUUAAAUAAUCCAAUUACCACACCUAUAAUAAAAUAUGAUAUAUUUAUUUUUACUUUAAUAUCACUACAUAACAUCCCAUAUGGUCUGCUAACUUCUAUUUCCCCAUCACUACAUACCAGCCCAUAAUUUCACAGCACAUUUGUCUUCACUCAUGUCCAGCCAUCAGAAAAAUACAAAAGUCUUGCCUGACUAGUGAUACGAAGUGGACGCUGUGGAGUCGGAAUGCAAGAUAUUUAUUUUAAGAUCUUUAAUUUAUUUUGCAUUAGAUAUGAUUAGGUCUUAUUUAUUAUUACAUAUAACACAGACAAUAAUUGAAACUUUUCGUGUAAGCAUGACUUGACUAUCAGACGUUAUAUAUAGCUCUAGAAUGUGAACCUCGAUUUUUUUUCCGCAGUAAGUCAUGUUGCUCCGUAGGGUUGUAAACGGUAAUUAAAAUAAAUUGUUCAAAUGUAUAGUUCCACACAUGAACACGUACUGAGUGCGGUGGUGAUUUAACAAUAGACCCGUACGUGUUUCAGAGCUUAUAUUUAGGCCUAUCUCUUGUGGUCAAACUGAGAUAAUGCGAUCUGAAAAAAGUCUUAAUUAAUUGAUAUAAAAAUUAGAAUGCUUGCAUGAAAUGCAAAACAAUUUCUGAUUUUAUUUCUUGAAACAAACAAUAUUUUCUAAGCGAAAAAAUUUUCAAUUGGCGUUAGCUGAUUAUGAAUAAAUAUCGCCUACUGUACAAAUGUUUACACACGUUGUUAUUUAUAAUUGAUGCGUUCUGUUAAUUAGCUUUUAAUUAUUUUUAUUAAUUCAAUUAUAAUACACAUUUCUGAGCACAAAAAUAAAAAUAAUAAUUCAAACAAUGGUUUUAAAAAAACAAAUAAACAAAUUGUUAUCAGUUUUGAUCAUUAUAACUGGCACAUUGGUUAUCAUAUAGCAUCGUUAGCUUUAUCAUAAUACUCUGUGAGACAUUUUAUCCUUAGCUAGAAGAAUUAUAAUUUUCCAAGUUCUAUCUAUAUCAAAGUUUAGUGCGAUAUUCAUUGCUCACUC